AUGCCAGAAGAAAAAAUGGAGAUUCGCCUAGACGCGGAUGUAUUUCAUAAGCGCGCGAGACAUUUCCUCUCAAUUUGGAAGUCGUCGUUAAAUAAAGAGCCAAACGAUGAGCUUUAUCAAGCCUUUCAAGGCGUAAAUUCAAUUCUUGUUGUAGUGGGAGAAAUUAUGGAAGAAUAUCCGUAUCAAAAGUCUACCGCGAUUCAGCAAUGGCUCUUGGGCUAUGAAUUCACAGAUACUCUAAUUCUUUUUACUCAUGAUAAAAUUCAUUUCAUAGUAAAAGAAAAGAGAGCUGAAGUCUUUGAGCAGCUGAAACAAGGAGAUCGACAAGUGCCUAUUGAAAUUCAUAAGCGAAGUAAAGAUCCAUCUCAUAAUCAGACACUUUUUGAACAAAUUAUUUCCAGGAUUUCAGAGGGGGAACAGAAACGCGUUGGAUUAUUAUUGAAGGAUAAGACAUCAGGAAAUUUCGUCCAAGAAUGGCAAAAUGUUUAUAAUAAUUUUAAACAAGAUUUUGAAGAAGUGGAUAUCGCUUCAGGAAUAGCUUAUGUCUUAGCUAUAAAAGAUGAUGAAGAAUUGAGAACAACACGCAUGGCAUGCAAAAUAAGCACCGCGAUGAUGUAUCUGUUCAUUAAUGUGGUGUCUUCCAUUAUUGACGAAGAAAAAGAGAUAACGCAUGAGCAAUUAUCUGAAGAUGUAGAAAAUGUUUUAUAUACUAAAGACGAAAAGUGGCUUACAAGCCAUAAGAGCCUUCAAGAUGUUGAUUUUAAUCGAACAGAUGUGUGUUAUGCACCAAUCAUACAAAGUGGUGGUGUUUACGAUUUUAAACCUUCUGCCCAAUCUAAUAAUAAUAAGUUGCAUGAUGGAACGAUUCUUUGUUCCCUGGGUGUUCGAUACAAGUCGUACUGUUCGAAUAUUGGCAGGACCAUUCUAAUAGAUCCAACAAAAGAACAAGAAAAAAAUUAUGAGUUUCUUUUGGAUGUACAACGACGCACGUUGGAAUUACUGAAAGACGGUCAAAAGAUCGGAGAUAUAUACACAAGAGUAAUGAAUUAUGUUAAAAACAAACGUUCUGAUCUCGCUGAUAAGUUUGUCAAAAGCCUUGGGCACGGAAUGGGAAUCGAGUUCCGAGAGUCUGCUUAUAAUUUGAAUCAAAAGAAUACCAAAGAACUUAAGGCCGGCAUGGUGUUAAAUUUGUUUAUUGGUUUUAUAGAUCUUGAAAAUCCAAAAUCCACAGACGAGAAGA